UACAUCUAGCUAUACAUUUAUUACUCGACUGCAUCAUGGACACGGCCAUCGACAAGACUAUCGCAGACUUGUUUGCCGCCAGUGCAGGACCCAUCAAGGCAGCACCCAAAAAGGACCGCUUCCUUCACGUAGAACAGCCCACACAAACAGUCGAGCAAGCACCAGAACCCGCAGCAAGUGAAGAAGAGGCAGUCGAGGUACCCGUCAAGGAGAAGCGCAAGAAGCAGAAACGGAAGCGCGAUGAUGUCUUGCUGGAAGAUUUGUACAUGUCGAAACUGGCAGCAAGUGAUGAGCCUGUUGCGAAAAAGGCGACCCAUGAACCGACCCCUGUAGAGCCUGCGUCUGGUUCUGUGUCUGACUCUGGUUCUGUGUCUGACUCUGGUUCUGUGUCUGACUCUGAGGGUGAAGAGAUGCCGGCCGGCGACAAUCUCGUGCAUGAGUCUCAGCAGCGUCAAGACAAGGAACUCAACAAGGCACAAUCUACCGUCUUUUGCGGCAACUUGCCCACCACUGUCAUCACCUCUCACACCACCUUCAAACAACUCAAAGCACUCUUCAGCCAACAUGGUCGUGUCCUCAGCAUUCGAUUCCGCUCUAUUGCUUUUUCAGAGCUUCUACCCAGAAAAGUGGCUUUCGUGCAAGGCAAAUUCCAUCCAGAACGCGAUACAGCCAAUGCCUACAUCGUCUACAAUGAUCCAGAAGCAGCACGCAAAGCACUCUCCCUGAACGGCAGUGUUUUCCUAGAAAAGCAUAUUCGCGUGGACAGCGUUGCGCAUCCUGCUGCGCAUGAGAAUAAGAAGUGUGUCUUUGUUGGGAGCUUGCCAUUUGAAGCGAAGGAGGAACCAUUGUGGAAGCACUUUAGUGUUGCCGGAGAGAUUGAGUCGGUUCGCAUUAUUCGGGAUCGCAAGACGAAUGUCGGCAAGGGCUUUGCGUAUGUGCAAUUCAAGGAUGCAUCUUCCGUGCAGAAUGCUCUACUUCUCAAUGAAAAGAAGCUUGGUGAGAAGGGCCGCAAGUUGCGAGUAACGCGAGCCACCAAGAUGCCAAGUAAGCACAAGUCUGAGCAAAAAGAGCGCGAUCAAAUCACCAACCCAAACUUGAAGCCGCGCGACAAGGCAAAGCUUGGGCGUGUCAAGAAUUUGAUGGGGUCACAAGCAGCGGCAAAGCUCAAGCUGUUGCAAAAGGAGCUGGCACUAGAGGGAGAGCGUGCGAGUAAGCCGGAUGGCGCAAGGAAAAAGAAGAAGAGUAAGGGAUCACUUGCUAGGAGUAAGGCGAGAGCUGCCGUGUAUCGUAAAGUUGAGGGUUAGACAUCACCAAAUAGUU